AUGACAAAGCUUUUAUUAUCAUUUGUUGUGAUUAGUGCUUUGACUUUUUCAGUAAAUUCUGAAAAGUCCGCGAUUUCUGUUGCUCAGGACAUGUACACGGAUUGUUUGGAACGAUUAUCAUUCAGUUGUGUUAAACCUAAAGCUCUGUCUUGGUUAAGUAAUGUUUAUGAUAGUGAUGUUAUCAAGAUCACAGAUAAUUUGCUGAUAGUGAAAACUGAAAAUAAUCAAGAAAGAUCUAUGCAUGAUACAAAAUUCGCGAUAGUCCAUGCAGUGGAAAAUUUCUUAGAAACGCACUCGUUGAAAAUUCUCGUUCCCGAAGAGUUGAAGCAAGAAGCAAACCAAGUGUAUUUUGCAAGGAGUUUGAUUGGAAACGCAGAAGAUAUCGAUGUUCCUCUAGCUGAGAAGUCGAGCGUUGGUGAAGGAAGGUCUAGCUUUGUCAAAAAAGUAGUGAUACCUUUCGUGUUGGGAUUGAAAUUCAAAGCUUCAGUUAUUGUACCAUUAGCAUUAGCUUUGAUUGCUCUCAAAACGUGGAAAGCUUUGACUUUAGGACUUUUGUCUUUGGUCUUAUCUGCAGCCAUGGCUUUGUUCAAAUUAACGAAACCAAAGGUUGUCAAUUACGAGGUAGUUCACUAUCCCCAGCAUGUAGAACAUCAUGUUGAUCAUCAUGCUCACAGUGGUUGGGACAACCAAGGACAUGGAGGAUAUGCAAGAAGUUUGGAUGCUCAACAACUCGCUUAUAGUGCCCAUGUUUAA